AUGAUGUGUCUUGACUACAGCAGCGGAGCCCUGACUGGCGACCUCUGUGAAGACCUGUGUGUGGCACAGAAGUUGGUGUACAAACACUGCCUUUACUAUGACAGAGGUAAGAAGGUCAUCCAGGCUGACUGGAGAGGCCGGCCCAUCAUCCUGAAAUCCAAAAAGGAAAUCUUCUCUAGCUACCAGCACCUCAGUAUGCUAGAGGAGGUGGAAACACAGGAUAUUCCUGAAACAGAGCUUCUGCUGAUGGUAGCCUUGGAGGUCAAAAAUGUCCUGGGACUAGAACUGUCUAACAAUACCAUGGGGCCCCUGUGGACAAGGAAGAAAGGACCACAUUGGAAAGCACAGGUGGCCAGCAUGUGGUCCUUGCUCCAGCAGGAAGAAUAUAUCUACUUCAGUUUGCUGCAGGACUUCAGCAAACACGUGCUACGAAUUAUUGGCUCUUGUGGACACUUUUAUGCUGUGGAGUACCUCACAGCUGGACAUGCCUGGCACAAAACUCUUUUUCCCUUGGAAAAUGUGGUCGGUCCCUCCCUUGCUGGCCACAGAAGCAGGGUGAGAGCCAUCAUUGACAUAGCACUCAGCUUUCUGGACAUGGUGCAGCAUUUUGAUAAUGAUUUCUCUCACCGACUUCACCUGUGUGACAUCAAACCAGAAAACUUCGCUAUCAGGCACGAUCUCACGGUGGUGGCCAUUGAUGUGGAUAUGGCCUUUUUUGAACCCAAAAUGAGGGACAUCCUUGAACAGAACUGCACAGGAGACGAAGAUUGUAAUUUUUUUGAUUGCUUUUCAAAAUGCAAUCUGAAAAUCAGAAAAUGCGGAGCACAGAGAGCCAAUAACAACUUGCAAGUAAUUUGUGACAAAAUAUUCCGUCGCUGGUUUUCCCCAAAUCUCAGAGGACCGUUGGUUUCCCUCCCGCUGCAGCUGCAGCUGCAGAAGGCUGUGCAGGAGUGUGCUGAGCCGGGGCACGUGGAUGCUGCUGGGCACCAGAGGACUCUGAAAUCUCUUUCUGAGUUAUACCACCUGCUUCGGGUCACUCAGCAAGAACUGCAAAGGGCAGAGUAGACACAAAAGGCAGAACUGCAAAGGCCACAUCGGAGCCACUGCUAAGUCACACCGUGUAUGAGGCAGUCUGUGUUUUCUCUCUCUUCCAUCGCUCCUACCCAUUGUAUUACAUUUACAGCACAGAGAUUGGUUUUCUCCUAUGCAAAUGAAAUUCAUGGCUGCAGGUGCGGCACGUCCUGUUAAUAACCUUUCCAGUGUGAA